GUCCAUACAUGUACAACGGAAGGAUGACGGAGGCAUGGCAGCAGCAGCAUGCAGUAGCCCCACCUCCUGUGUCACAUCCUCUUCUUCAAGGGGCAGAAAAUCCUCUUGGCAGUGCAGUGUAUGGCAUUGUACUGCCGGCAGAUCCUGCCAUGCAGCAGACCCAGCACGGCCAACAUAGCCAGCAGCACCCCGUGCCAGCCCAACAGCCCUCCCUGCAAGUCGGCAGUGAGGGGGGGCACAAAUGUGGAGCUUGCGGCCAUGAUAUAUCCCACCUGGCAAACCCACAUGAGCACCAGUGUAUGGUGAGUCAGGAUCGCUCCUUUCAGUGCACCCAGUGCCUGAAGAUCUUCAGUCAGGCCACUGAUUUGCUAGAGCAUCAGUGUGUCCAGGUAGAACAAAAACCAUUUGUGUGCGGAGUGUGCAAAAUGGGAUUCUCCCUGCUCACCUCACUGGCCCAACAUCACAACGAGCAUUCAACUGGUAACAACCCUAUGAAGUGCUCCAUCUGUGAAAAAACCUACAGGCCAGAUUCUACCACCUCCAACCCACCACAGGCAUCGACUGGAGAGACAUCUAGUAAUGGCGGAGAAGCUAUGGGCUCUUCCUCCUCUACUGCGUUUGAGGGCUCUGACAGGCCCUACAAGUGCUCUGUGUGCUCUAAGGCUUUCCGUCACCUAUCCGAGCUCUCUCGCCAUGAGCGAGUCCACACAGGUGAGAAACCCUACAAAUGCAACACCUGUGAGAAGAGCUUUAGUCAGGCAUCUCAUUUGGCACAUCAUCAGCGCACUCAUAGUGCAGACCGCCCCUACAAAUGCUCUGUCUGCGAGAAGACCUUCAAGCAUCGGCAGCACCUUGUCCGACACAUGUACGCUCACUCCGGUGAGCACUUGUUCAAGUGCAACCUGUGUGAGCUCCACUUUAAAGAAUCAUCUGAGCUGCUGCACCACCAGUGUCAACCUGCAGGUGAACGACCCUUCCGCUGCACAACUUGCGGUAAGACCUUCAAGCGGCCGUCGGAUCUGCGGCAGCACGAACGAACCCACUCAGAGGAAAGGCCCUUUCAGUGCGAAGAGUGCCAGAUGAGUUUCAAGCAGCAAUAUGCCCUUGUACGACAUCGUCGCACUCACAAGAACCCCGCCGAUCGGCCCUUUAAGUGCAACCAGUGCGACAAGGGAUUUCUGCAGCCAUCCCACCUUUUGUAUCAUCAGCAUGUCCAUGGCAUUGAGAACCUGUUCAAGUGUGCUGCUUGCCAAAAGGGCUUCAGACAGUCUGGGGAGCUGCUUAGACACAAGUGUGGAGAAGCUGGGACAGCCUCCAGUGCACCUGAGAAACCAUACAAAUGUGAUGUAUGUGGAAAAGGCUAUAAAAAGUCAUCAACGCUCCAGCGCCACCAGAACUCCCAUUGUACAGAGAAGCCUCUCAAAUGCUCUUUGUGUGGCCGCCGAUUUCAAUCGUCGUCUGAUUUUGUCCAACAUCACUGUGAUCCAGCUCGUGAGAAACCAAUGAAGUGCUCGGACUGUGAACGGAGGUUUAAAUAUUCAUCGGAGCUUCAGCGGCAUAGACGGGUCCAUACCGGAGAAAAGCCCUUUAAGUGCCCUACCUGCGACAAGGCAUUCAAGCAGCGGGAACACCUGGCCAAACAUGGCAUUGUGCAUUCACGAGAGGCCCAGUUUAAGUGUGUCUGGUGUGGAGAAUGCUUUGGGGAGCUCGGAGCCCUGCAGGAGCACACAGUUCAACACACUGCCGAAGGAGGGGGGUAUCCAGUUGACCCCUGUGUACAGUAAUACAAUGCCAGUGUUUGCUAGAUUUAUAACCUGGUAAUCCAGCCACGAAUAUUUAGUGCUUACGUUAGUAACC